AUGGCAAAGGUUGGCAUUUUUGGUUUGCUUUUCAUGCUUGUCACCGCCGCUUCACCGGCGGUACAUGGCGUGACUUUUGGACCCAAGGCGGUGGACCAGUGGUUCGAAAAGCUUCCCCAGGCCAAAGAAAAGAUGAGUAAACUGCAUUUUUAUUUUCACGACACCGUGACCGGCAAAAACCCAACUGCUUUCCAAAUAGCUCAGGCCAACAUUACAAACAAAUCCAAUACUUUCUUCGGCUUCCUAUCCAUGAUGGAUGAUCCGUUGACAGUGACCCCAGAUCCCAACUCCGAGAUCGUCGGCCGUGCCCAAGGGAUGUACGGUUCCGCAUCAUUCAACGAGGUUGGGUUGCUCAUGACACUAAACUUCGUCUUCACUGAUGGGAAAUAUAACGGCAGUACUCUGAGCGUUCUUGGGCGGAACCCUGUUUUGAACAAGUACCGCGAGAUGGCGAUCGUGGGUGGGUCUGGUGUUUUCAGGCUGGCUCGAGGCAUCGCCACCGCCAAGACGUAUUGGUUUAAUGCCACGUCUGGCAAUGCCAUUGUGGAGUAUCACGUUGUGGUAUUGCAUUACUGA